AUUCGAUUCGUGGUCGGACUAUCGAUCUCAUUAGGUAGUGAGUGGCCUUUGUGUGCUUGCCAAGCAAUUAAGUUAAGCUGCCAUGGAACGCGCCGCGCUCAUGAAAAAUGAAAGUGUCGCGAAUGUGCCAUCAUCGGAGACCGCCCCGCCGACAAAGCUCAAUACCAAACCAUUUCCCAAGCCCUUCUCAAUCGAGAGCUUAAUAUCAAACCAAGCCCCUGCAGUGCCCACGUCCCCUACAAUAGGAACGGCCGCCGAACAGGAACAGGAACUCAAUGCACGUGCCAUGGUUGCCAGCUCAGCGCUGGGGCUCACACAAUUUCCACUCUACAAUCCCUGGCUGCAUGGCUACUUUGCUCAAAAUCAUGAGCGACUAACACAUCUCAUUGCCGGCGGCUGUUAUUUGGGUGCACCUUUUGGUGGCAAAGACCAGCAGCCGCAGCAGCAGCAACCACCAGCGCCUCCACCUGCCUUGGACAGUCUGAGUCCGACAAAGUCAUCAGUGUCCUCGGAAGCUGAAGCUACCCACAGAUUAAUGCCGCAUCCUUUGGAAGCCCAACUGCACACACGUUUCCUGCCCUUCACCGUCGCUGCGUCUGGCGAACUGAGUCCACGGCGACGUCUAGCGGAGAUAAUGAACCAGGACUAUGUCCAUAAUCUUAGCGUGCAUGCCCGGCUUCAGCACAUGGCCGCCGUUCGUGCGCAGGAGGAUGGCAACGGGAAUGGAAAUGUGUCGGAAAGGUUACAACCCACGUCAAUGCGGGGCUCACCUAUCAAGUCAAACAGUCCCGAGCCGGCGGUGGAUGUUGGCAUGGAUGAGGAUUACGAAUGCAGCGGUGAUUCUUGCAGUGACAUCAGCCUGACCAUGUCACCGAGCACUUACAAUGCUGAACUGGACAAGAGUCGAGCCUACACGAAUUCGGACAGUGAGGAUUGCAGCGACGACGAGGGCGCCAGCUCACGACACGAAGCUGGAGGCGGUAAAGAGUCUAAUGGGACUGGCGGCAGUUCUAAAUCACGCCGACGUCGCACAGCCUUCACAUCCGAGCAGUUGCUCGAGCUGGAACGCGAAUUUCAUGCCAAAAAGUAUCUCAGCCUCACGGAACGCAGCCAAAUUGCCACAAGUCUGAAAUUGAGUGAAGUACAGGUGAAAAUCUGGUUUCAAAACCGACGCGCCAAGUGGAAACGCGUCAAGGCCGGACUUACCUCACAUGGUCUUGGUCGCAAUGGCAGUGCCGGCACCAAAAUUGUAGUGCCCAUACCGGUACAUGUGAAUCGGUUUGCCGUACGCUCGCAACACCAGCAGCUGGAGAAAAUGUGCCUCAGCGGUCCCAAGCCGGAUCUGCGCAAGAAGUUCCCAACGGAAGCGAUUAGCGGUUUUGAAAAGUUUAAUGGCGGCAGCGGCGGUGUGGCGACUAGUAACGCUGGCGUGGCAAGUGUAACAACCGGAAGCAUGGGUGUGGGCCUGGGAGUUGCACCCAUUGGGCCGUCGGCUCUUAUGGUUGGCUCUAAUGGCCUCCCAUCGGCCUCAUUGGCACUGACGCGCAGCAUUUACUGAGGCUAAGCAAAGCUUUACUUUUCUUGGUCAACAAAAAUUGUUUUCUGUUAUAGAUACUAUUAAUGCUCAACUUUCUUGUAUAUAGCCCAAGCAUGAUCAACACUUGGCGCAUAAAUAGGAUUAAAAAGAUUUGUAAAUAAUAAAAAAUAUAUACAAAAUGAUAAUGCCACUGA